CGGUCCUGCGGCCGGCUGCAGUGCUCUACAGUGCACCUGGACCCGGGACGCAGUACCCCGCGGAGGAGGGCGCAGGGACGCGACGAUGGCUCCGCGGGGACUCCCGGGGUCUGCCGUCCUCGCCGCUGCGGUCUUGGUGGGAGACGCCGUGAGCUCGCCUCUGGUGGCCCCGGAUACCAGUGGCAGCCGCACGUUGCACUCCAGAGCAGAGACCACCCCAUCGCCUACCAACAACACAGGGAACGGACACCCAGAAUACAUUGCGUAUGCGCUUGUCCCCGUGUUCUUCAUCAUGGGGCUCCUUGGUGUCUUCAUCUGCCACCUGCUGAAGAAGAAAGGGUAUCGCUGCACGACAGAGGCCGAGCAAGAAGUUGAAGAGGAAAAGGUGGAAAAGAUAGAAUUAAAUGACAGUAUAAAUGAGAACAGUGACACUGUUGGGCAGAUUGUCCACUACAUCAUGAAAAAUGAAGCAAAUGCAGAUGUUCUAAAGGCAAUGGUGGCAGAUACCACUCUGGGUGAUGUUGAAAGCCCCUUGACCCCCAGCACCCCUGGCAGCCCACCUGUGAGUCCUGGGCCCCUGUCCCCAGGGGGCACCCCUGGGAAGCACAUCUGCGGUCACCACCUGCACACGGUGGGUGGCGCCGUGGAGCGCGAUGUGUGCCAGCGGUGCAGGCACAAGCGGUGGCACUUCAUAAGACCUACCAACAAGUCUAAGGACAACAGACUACGGCGCCAGGGGGAAGUGACCGUCCUCUCUGUGGGCAGGUUUAGGGUGACAAAAGUGGAGCACAAGUCAAACCAGAAGGAGCGGAGAAGUUUGAUGUCCAUGAGUGGGACUGAGAGUGUCAACGGGGAUCUGCCAGUGACACCUGUGAAAAGAGAACGCAGCGGCACCGAGUAGCAGCCAUGGCUUUCUUUGAAGAAUUCAAAGAGACUGAAAACUUGCAAGAUAUGAAGUUGCCUCGGGAAUAUUUUUAUAUAUUUUAUACAGUUUCUAUGAAGUCAGCAGGCAUGCAGAUAAAAACCUAAAAGGGAAUGGGUUUUUCUAUUUUCUUUCUUUAUUUUUUUUUGGCUAUACUGCUGGCUACAGAAUUCAGUUUGCUUUGAAACAAGUUCUGGUUUAAAAAGUCAAAUGAAAAAUUGUAUUAGUAGAUUCCAGGAAAGGAAAGAAAGAGCUCAGGGGUCAUCUUAUGGUGGCCAUUGGCCAGUGGCCAGUGGCUUGUUCCAGCAGUGGUAAACACACACACACAGCUUCCCCCAGGAUCACUGGGAGGGGUACAGGGGAGCUGUUCACACACAUAUACGCAUGCACACAUGCACACUCGCCCUGGCUGUUACAAAAGAUGGAUUUCCAUGGCAAAAGGUCCUUGGAGAUCCUCUAGUCUCAUGCUGAAAAGCCCAUCUCCUAAGAGAUCAUGGAAUCAGAUGGGACCAGACACUUGACUGGAUUCCUUCAGCUUAAUUAACUCUGGUUACUGCCCAGCUGUUUUGGAGUCACUUACAACAUAUUGAGAAAUUCCUGUUUGUCCUAACUUAGGCUAAGCAACUCUCAUGUAGUCCAGUGAAUAACUGGAGAGAAAUGGUUUCAAGUCACUAAGAAAGCAUUCUCCUUUGACAACCAGAGGCCAAAACAACCCACUUUGGCAAGAUGAGCCGGUGGAGAACUCGGUGUCCUGCCUUCCAUCUUGUGGCCGAAGCUCAGUAUUUCAAAGACUGUUGCUUCUUUCUCUUGAGGCUGGGACAAUCCUUCCAACUCCCCCCCCUCCCUCCCAUUCUUCCUUCCUUUCUUCCCAUUUCCCCCUCCCUGUUUCUCUCUCUCUUCUCGGUCUAUGUCUCCCUAUAUCUCUCUGUUUCCCCUCUGCUUUCCAUGUCUCCAGCUGAAGAGCACAGAAAGCAAAGACAGUAUUUGAGUCUAUCUGGGGUUAGGGCUGAGGGAAAGCUCCAAGACCUGCCUUCUAAGUGCCAGUGCUGUGCCUUGGGUACUUCUUUUAUAUUAAAGAGAAAAGGCACAUUUGUCAUUUGGCUUUCCCAAAAUGACUUUCAUAAAAAUACACUCCGUGGUAUUUACUGUCAUUAUACUUACUUGGUUCUAUUUUUGUCAUCAAACUAAAAAGUUCUAACAUUUUAAAUGAAUGAUACAUUUAAUUUGAUGUGAAUUCUUACUGCCCGCUAGUAAACAACAUGUGUGAAUACAGAGUAGAAGUCAGUAUGGAUGUAAAUUUCAGUGUGGUCCAGAAAGUACCAUGUAGGAAUUUUAGGGGUCUGUGUAAAUAAUAUAUGUUAGAUGUAGGACAGCACUUUUACUU